AAGAGAAUUGCUGCGUCAUGCGGAAGUAAACCUUCUGGGUCGUUGUCGUUCAUGUUGAAUACGGACCGUGUGGACUGUUUUGUUGAUUACAGUGUUGAUAGUUUGUGUGAGGAUGGAAGGUACGGUGUCAAACGUGGAGGUGUGUAACUACGCCUUCACUGGACAACUGGACAAACUGCGCCAGUGUAUUCUGUCAGAUAAAACGCUCGCCUUUAAGACGGAUCAGGACCACAGAACCGCCCUGCACUGGGCCUGUUCUGCCGGACACACCGACAUCGUGGAGUUUCUGCUUGACCUGGGAGUGGAGGUCAACCUGCAGGAUGACGCAUCGUGGAGCCCUCUUCACAUCGCGGCGUCUGCAGGCCGAGAUGAAAUCGUCCGAACCCUGAUCUCCAAAGGAGCUCAGCUGAAUUCAGUCAACCAGAAUGGAUGCACUCCUCUGCACUACGCAGCCUCCAAAGACAGAUACAAGAUAGCUAUGCUGUUGUUAGAAAACGGAGCAAACCCCAACGCCACCGACAAGUUACAGUCGACUCCUCUCCACAGAGCUUCAGCCAAAGGAAACACCCGCCUCAUCCAGUUGCUCCUCAAACAGAGCGCCUCCACCAACAUCCAGGAUUCACAGGGAAACACAGCCCUCCACCUGGCCUGUGACGAAGAGCGCGUGGAAGCAGCCAAGUUGCUGGUGGAGCACGGAGCCAGUAUCUACAUAGAGAACAAGGAGGAGAAGACGCCUCUCCAGAUCGCCAAGGGAGGUCUCGGCAACAUUCUUCGUCGGAUUAUUGAGGGCUGAUGCGUUUACUGACCUGCCAGUCGUGUUCCACUUCAACGCCACACUAGUGAUGAGUGACAUGCUGAAGGUUGUCAUCACAGCACAGUGUGUUGUGACCCUUUCAGAUGUGCGGCAGGUAAAUGAUGUAAAGGCAGCAGCAGCAGUUGUUGGACUACAGCAGAGUUCUGCCGGGUCUGAAAUGCAGCGGUGUGGAACUCUGGUGUCUGAUCAUUAGCUCUUUCCUCAGUUCCGUGCGCUCUAACAGGACUACGUGUUUUAUUUGAAAUGUUCAAAUUAAAUGGAAACCUGUGUCCAGAUCUGUA